GUCGUUUAUCCCACACUUACUCGUACUUUGUUUUUCCAUAGUAGUGUCAACGCCACUUGAGUCACAACUCGCCAAUCUGGUCUGAGACCAUCAAGAUCAUCGUUGUUUGUUUUAACGACUCCACACACCCCAAAGUCAUCCACCGGUCCGACAGACGGAUCAUCAAGUACAAAUUCCCUCGCCACUCUGUCAUUUGGAGCCAUUCGAGUGGUUUGAUUGACCUUGCACUCGUUCUCACAGCACAAACUGUUGCUGAACGUGACUUGAGGUGACGGGACAAGAGAGGAGAUGACGACGAGUGUGAUGAACGCUCCUGAGGAGAGAACAGUCGGGUUGAAAAGUGGCGAUGAGUCUCCUCCUGACCAUCCUGGACACAUAACAACGCCCUCACUCCAGUCUUCCUUUCAAGCCACAUCCCUUCGACUUCUUCACGCCAACAGUGUCUCAUUCGUACCGUCCAUUCACUCUUCUAUCGAUUUACACCUACUUCCAUCAUCUCAUCUGCUUUCUUCUUCCCAGCCCCCCGCGAAAUCUUCAAACAACACCCCGAUAAAUACUGUUUCAUCACCACUUCCCUUCCCGCCAUUCCUACCACCCCACAUUUCAAGUUUGAGACAAUCACUCUCCAGGAGGAGAUCGUCUUACCCUCCUUCAACCACGCCCGGAACAUCCCUUCCCUCGACUCUCGGCGGUACACCAGAUAUUGGUUCAAUAGCGACGUCGGAAACAGGCUUUUUCUUUGGGUUUGGUAACGAGUUCGACGCCAUGGCUGCACCCCCCGCCACUGGUCGUCUGAUCUCUUCCGUUUCCCCCUAUCCUUCGGUCCAUGACACUCCCACUCCACCGACAGUCAAGCUUACGAGCCACCCGACUGCAGGAGCACUGGACGGAGGAGGGGAGCCAUCAAUCUUCUCAUCUUCACCCGAUCCUCAACUACCCCUCACUCCUGGUCGGAUAGCCCAGUUUGGCUCAGACCUCGUUUGGAAGACCAUUCUCUCAAGCGUGGUUGAAGUGCAGGAUAUAGGGCCAGUCGCAGUGUCGAGGUUAUUACAUGAAGUGUGGAAAAGAGGAGGAGGAGAUGCCGUCACUCAAUUGAGUCUUUGGUCGAACAUCUUCAUGUCUCUGGCCUUUCAAGAGGCAAAGGGUGUGACGCGAAUAUCUGCUCCAUCUCCUGACGCUGCACUAAACCUCAAAGAUCUCUACGCUCUCACCGUCCGUCAUUGGGAACCCGCCAUCUUUGCUGGUCUCCUCUCACAACAUGUGGGCGACACAUCAUCACCUUUCACCGCUCAGCUCAGCAAAGAAAUCUACGGUCCGGCAACACCUACGAAAGCAUUCGACGAGACAGACGUCCAACAGUGGAUGAAUCUCACUCCUAGUGGUUUGGAUAUCGCUGCCUUCCUCGGUACAACCCCCAAAGGCUCCACUUUUCCCGAAGCCCCGAUCACCGAUUACUUCCCACACACUGAACCGACAAGGUCCUCGACUAUGGUCAGUGAUGCCAUCCAAAACGAGGUCAUCAACGACUUGAUCACCGCGAUCGAAGACCGAGAAGAUGAUGCUGUUUCGAAGGAGUUGGCUGAAUGGGAUGAGCAAGUCAAGGAGAAGACAAAAGAUCUGGCGUUGUAUCAACUGCCUACUCCGGAGACGGAUCGUCUGGACUCUCCAUCCCUCCCCGGAACGGCGCCACACAGUUCUCAGACAUUACCGUCUACUAGACAGAACUCGACUUCCACUCAAGUGCUUUCACCUGAAACGGUCCCUCCUACUCCCACUUCUUCCCGCUCUCAUCCUCAUCCGUCCGUCGGCUGGAAAUUACCGAUGCCCAUUGAAAAGUUCGUUCCGCCUCCACCCAUGUGCAUGUUUUUCAACCCCUCGUUCAAAGAUCUGCAGAAGGGCAAGGUCGGGCUGUGGCAGGGAGAUCUGGUGCUCAGAGGGAAGAAUGGCGGUAAAUUCGGGAUAUUGAUCAUCGGGGAGGCUGAAGCGUCCGACUUGUG